AUGGCGACCCCUAGUGUCCAGGCGAGCGAGUCCCUCUGGGCGCACGCUACUGGUGACCUUCCUACGCCCCACGACCCUACGCCUUUAGGCCCUGCCCCUGACGACGCCGCUAGAGACCGCUUUACCCGCCAGCGUGUUGACCUGACGGCGUGGAAGUCGCGUGACGUUGCGGCCUGCAUCGCUCUUAGUAGCCUCCUCCCUGAGUCUGAGGAGGCCCACUUCACUCAGGCUCGCACUGCUAUCAAGGCCCGCUACGCUACUCCCACCAUUGUCUCCCUUGGCCGCCUCUUCCUACCGUUCUUGUUCCCUGACCUCGCCUCGUUUGAGCGCUCUGCUGACUUGAUUGCUCACCUCCGCUCCCUCGAUUUUUGCUACCGUGCUACUUGCACUAACGCACAGCUUGCACUGCUUCCCCCUCCUAUGGCGAUUACUAUCUACUUCAUUGCCACUAGCCUCCCUGGCCGCCUUGCCUCGGUUCGUGACACGCUUCUUCUGAAGCACCUUAGUGAGCUCACUAUCGAGGUCCUUGAGUUUGCGCUCAAGGACGUCGAGAGCAACCUCCGCUCAGUAGCCUCCGCCUCUGGUGCUGUGCCCCCUCCACUGUUUCACGGGUGCACUGUCCCUCAGCUGCCCACUUUUACUGCCUCACUUGCCACUGCCACUACUGACGUGACUGCAGCUGCUGUUACGACUACGUUGCGGUCUCGAGUCACUACUUGCUACACUACUACUCUUCCUUGCCCUGCUAUUCCCUCUGGGUCUCUAACUGGCUUCCACAUCCCCUCGUUCUCAAGGAACUUGCUGGGCGUGAGGCCUCUCGUGAGUCAGCAUGUGGGUGUGUGGAUUGAGCCCUCUGUUGAUGCGUCGUGCUCCUGCCAGUCGCUUGCACACCCCAGCGUUCUGUGGCACCACCGGACGGGGCACCCGUCCCUCCCUCGUGUGCGCGCUAUGUCUCGUCAGCGUCUUGUCUUAGGCCUCCCGCGUGUCUUGCCGUCGCUGCCGCCUUCACUUGCACCGCCGUGCGAUCCCUACGUCGAGGGUCGGCUGCGCGCCACCCCUCACUCCUCCUCCCUUCGUUCGGCCACCGAGCCUUUUGAGACGCUCCACUUGGACGUUUGGGGCCCCGCCCCUCGCCUUGGCCCUGAGCGCGAGCGUUUCUUUUUUGUGGUCAUUGACGGCUACUCCCGCUACGCCACAGUGUUCCCCCUGGCAAAGAAGUCUGAGGUGACUUCUACGCUGAUCAGGUGGUUGCUUACCACUGAGGGCACUCGUGGUCGUCGUGUCAGCUGUCUUCACUCUGACCGUGGGGGUGAGUUUCGCUCCGGCAUUCUUGUUGGAUUCUGUCGCGAGCAGGGCAUUCGUCAGUUCUGGAUGCUUCCAGAGUCCCCACAGCAGAAUCGGGUUGCUGAGCGCCGCAUAGGCUUGGUCAUGGAGAUCGCCCACACCUCCUUGACUCACACCCGCGCCCCCCAUUUUCUGUGGCCCUACGCGGUUAGGUACGCCGCUCACCAGCUGAACCUCUGGCCACGCGUCUCUCGACCAGAGGCUUCAACGACCAGUCUUUGGACCGGGUCCCCUGGUGUUGCGUCAAGGUUUCGUGUCUGGGGUUGCUUGGCUCUUGUCCGCGACACUUCCGCGGACAAGCUCUUGCCUCGCGCCGUUUCCUGUGUCUUCCUUGGUUUCUCUGAGGACUCCUUUGACUUCACCUUUUACCACCCUCCCUCCCGGAUCUUUGACUCCCGUGAUGUCUGUUUUGAGGAGUCCACCCCCUACUACGUCAGGUACCCCAGUCGAGGUGUGUCCUAG